AUGUCACCGCCUCAGCAGCAUGAGCCGCAGCCGCAGGAACAUCAGUCGAAGGAAGGGCAACAGCGGGAGAAAAUUGUCGAAGAUAUCAGCCAGCACGCACCAUCCAGGCUCCCUCCGGCCGUCGACGGUACGGCCGAGCCGGGAAGGCCAGCUCGAUCCGGUUCUUGCGGGCCGGAGCCGCAGCAGCCAGAGCAGCAGGAACCUCAGCACGAACUGAAGCGGCAGCAGGGCGGGCGGGAUGCACAAGAACUCCACAAGGGCGAAGGUCUACUUGCUGCGCCCCAACGACAAGAGGAAGAGGCAGCAGUGCUGCAGGUCCCCUACGUGCGGGUGCCCCCGCCCUCUGGAGGCGGUUCAGUUGUGGUAGAUGUGGCGGUUCUGGGCAGCAGCAUCUCCAGCACCCUCAUCUGUGCGGCUCUGAGCCGCAGGGGCUUACACUGUCUGCUCUGCGAGCCCUCUUGGUCCUAUGGGGGCCCCCAUCGCAGCGUGCGCUUCGAGGAGCUGCUGAACUGGGUGCACGGCUGGACCUCUAACGGGGGCCCCCAGAGGCCCUCUUCGGGGCCAGAUGAUGAAGAGAGGCGACAAACCCGGAAGAAGGGGCUGCCGCCCUGCCCUUGCAGCUGCCACGACCUGGAGACGGAGCAGCUGGCUCCCAGUAGCUCGUGCGGCGUUGCCAUUGAAGAAGCCCUAAGGGCAGAAAACGGGGGCCCUGCAGACGGCGUGUACGGGGCCCCCAGUGGCGAAGUUGCUCAGGAGGGCCCCCAAGGGGCUCCGUGUUCUCCUGUCGCUGCGAGGCCCUGGCUGGAGCCGCCACAGGGGGACUGGGGCAGCUCCUCCAGCUGCUCUCUAGGACUCGUGCGGCUGCUGCAGGCCACCUCCAGCAGCUGCAGUAGCAGCAAGAGGAGAGAUAUUCAGGGUCAGAGCCGUCUGCUGCGUGACGGGGAGGGCAAGCGACCCAGCCCAGACUGUGUAGUUCCGGGUGAGGCAUCUUGGCCAUUUGAGAGGAAUGGGGAAGGCCCCCCAGGGGGGCCCUCUCCAUUCCACUCAAAUGGGCAAGGCCUCACAAGGGGUCCCCUCUGGGGCCCCCGUGAAGCCCCUCCUGAAGGCCCCUCCACGGGCAUUCAGGAGGACCCAUUUGAAAACCGAUGGUAUUCUUUUGGGCCCUUUUUGGAGCCCGCCGAGGCCCCCACGGGCGAGGAGGCCCUUGAGGAAGGAGAGGGGGAGACGGAAGGGGAAACAGAAACAGAUGCUAGCAGCACUGACUCUGCCUCUACAGAUGCCACGGCAGAGACAACUUACACAGCCACCACGAGCAGCACUACGGACACAAUAGAGACGCAUAGAACUGCCCGGCAAACGCCUAGACCCCCUCCAUUUUUGCAGCCGGCGGCUUCUCCUGCAGCUUCGGCAGCAGCAGCCGCUACAGCACCUGCCGCUGUGCCGCCGGCUGCGGCGCCGCCUGCAGCAUCACCUGCAGCAGGACCUCGCGCUGCAGCAGCAGCUGCUGGCGGAGCCGCAGCGGCGACGGGGCACUGGGGAUCGGGACCCCUGAGUAGCCCAGUGCCGUCACUGCAGCGCGCCGUUGGAGAUUCUCCUGCUGCAGAGACCCCGCAGCAGUCCCAGCAGUUGCCGCAGCAGCCGUUGCCUCCGCAGCCACAGCAGCAGUUACUGCAGCUGCAGCAAGGUUCAAACACGCACGUAGAUCCCCUGACUGCAACGCUGCAUCUGCAAAGGCUACCCGAGACGCCGCUGGCUGAAGCCGGCGCCGAGCGCAGCAGCAGCCCGCAUGCCUCGCCUCUCUCGACAGGCUACGCAGCAGCAGAUGGUCACUCGAUGGAGCCACCUGAACCUGUGGAAGCAGCAGCAGCAACGGCAGAAACGGCGGAUGCGGGUUUGACGGAGGCGGUGGAGGUUGCAGCAGCCGAAGCAGCGACUGCAGCGGCCCAAGCUGCGACUGCAGCCGCAGCAGCAGACGCAGCAGACGCAGCGGCAGCUGCUGGAGAGCCUCCUGGAAGCGUCGAGGCCCAAAGACUGCAGAUGAGACACGAACUGAUGACUGAGGGCCCCCGUUUCCUCAUAGACCUGAUGCCGAAGUGUAUAUACACCUCGAGCGACACUGUGGAUGUGCUGCUCGAAAGCGGCGCCGCAAAGUAUUUGGAGUUCAAGACAUGUGAUGCUUCUGUCCUUACGGCGGAGCUGCUGCUGCAGCAGCAGCAAGAUGAUGAUGCGCCGCAGGCGCCGCUCGCUAAUUCCCAGCAACAGCACGGGUGGCAGCAGCAGCAACAAAACGCGUCCGCGACCCCUGCUGCUUCGGAAUUUGCAGGCGUGACUGCCUCCACAGCAGCAGAGUCUGCUGCUGCUGGAGUGCGGGCUCCCUCCGUUUCCCGGCAGUGGGUCGGAGGGGGUGAUGUGUCCCUGGGGGGGCAUUUGGGGUGCUUCUCUGCAAAUGAAAAGAUUGUCUUAGAGGCCACACCAAUGAGUAAGGGCCAAAUAUUUCAGUCGCAGCUGCUUUCUCUUGGGGAGAAGCGAGUCCUGAUGAGAUUUGUUGCUGCUGCGGGCGCCCCUUCUCCCACCACCGUUAGUGCCCCCUUCGCAUCUGCUGCACAUUGGAUGCCUGAAGGACAGCAGCACCCUGCGGCUGGAAGGUCACCUGGUGAGCUGUCCGGCAAGCCCCCCGUGGCGGCGCCUCCCGAUGGAAAAGCAACUUUGCCAGCAGCAGAUGGCGCUGCAGCAUGUGCUGCACCAGCGAUGAGCGAGGAAGGGGAUUGCUGGGACUGCUAUUUAGAGCAGCAGGGACUUAACUCUCACCUCCGGCGGCUGGUGACGUACGGAGUGUGCCUGUGUGACAAGCCGCUGCUCCCCACAGCCGCAGCACCCGCAGCAGCAGCUGCAGCAGGGACGUGCACGGGUGAGCACGUUAGCCGGUGGAGUGUUCGAGAGGGCCUGAACCGUUUGCAGCUGUUUGUUUCCGGUUGUGGGCUCUACGGCUGCAGAGGGGCGCCUUUGCUGUACCCCCUUUACGGAUCAGGGGAUCUGCCCCAGGCCUUCAUACGCGCUGCUGCGCUCAGUGGGGCCCUGUGCAUGCUGGGCGCCGCCGUGCAGCGCCUGCAGUUUAUUUCGCCCCCCGCACAACCGCAUGCUCAGCAGCAACAACAGCAGCAGCAGCAGCAGCAACAGCAGCUGGAGUUGCAGCGAGAGGUAGAGGGUGACAGCGAUGAGGACCUCGAAAAGCUGGCCGAAGUACUGCAGCGCACCAGCAGCUGCAUGGUGCUCCACUGCAGCAACGGAGAGAGAGUCGUUACGAAGCUGCUCCUUUACGAGAGUGGUUGCCUGCCGGCGCCUCAGGGGAAGCCGCUGCUUCUCAGGAAGCAAGCCCAAGCGUUCUAUCACUCUGUCCCUUGCAGAAAGCCUCAGAAGCAGCAGCAGCAGCAUCAACAGGGCAGCCAGCUCAUAGUUAAUGUGGAUGCAGAAGAACGAAAAGGCACUGUAGAAGCAACAGUCGCUGGAGAAGCAACUGCAGGGGCAGAAGCAGCGCCCGCACCAGCAGUAGACGUAGCGGAGAGCCGAGCGACUGCAGCAGAGGCCCCAUUAAAAGAAGCAGAAAUCUCAACAACAGCCACAGCAGCAGCAGGAGCGGCAGCAACAGCAGCUGCUGGAGGCAACGGCUGUAAGCGAGAAGCGGGAGGCGGAGACACAGAAACAGCUCUGUCUUGCUGCCGGCUGCUGGCAGUUUGUACUGAGCCUGUUCUAGGCGGCCCUGGCUUUAGAAUGAGUGUUGUUGUAACGCAUGCACCGUGCGACGACAGGCUUUCUCCCGCCACUGCUGCUGGUUUAGGUACUGAUGCUGAUGGCAACGGCAGCCUGGACAGCGGCAGCAACAGCGGAAGGAGUGCUGAGGCAGAGUUGCCUGUGCAUGUGAUGCAGACAGAUGCAGCAAGUGCUGUUGCUCCGAAAGGUUAUUUCCUGCUGCACCUAUCUCACGUGUUCUCUGGAGCGGUGCGGUGCUCCAGCGACGUGCUGCCGGAGCAGCAGCAGCAGCAGCGGCAGCAGCAGCAGCAACGGCAGCAGCAGCUUUCUCCUUCGGCAGUCACAGGCGGGACUGUCGCUUGUGGCUGUUGCAGCAACGGGGCGGGCCGUGGGAGGUGUGCAGGUGGUGGGAGCCAGGAGACUGCGUCGGGGCAGGGUGUAUGUACAGCCUCUUGUGGCUGUGGGGCUGACGUGCAUUGCUGCGCCGUGCUGCUGCGGGUGCUCAAGGGCCUCCUGCGCUCGGCGGGGGGCCUCCGGACCUGUUAUUUCCUGUGCGCAUUUCGAUACAACCAACACGUUGCAACAGCUGCAGCAGCAGCAGCAGCAGCAGCGAUGCCGCUGCAGCUCCCUGCCUCAUUUUCAGAGCAGAAGCGGAAGCAACAGCAGCAGCAGGAGCCGAACUCUCACGCUACCGAAAAGCCGGUGGGGGCCGCGGAGCACAAGGCUGCAGAAGCGGCUUCGGUAAACUCAGUUGAGUCCACAGCUGUGCCGACAGCCGCUGCAGGCGAAGCGGCAACAGUAGAGUGUGUGGAACAAGUGUGUGCCGAGAAAGAGGACCCUGCGCUGCUCCUGCUGUCUGCGGUCAACAAGAGGGACCGCAGCGAGGCCGUAUUGUCCGCAGAGACGGUACCAUGUGGGGUGCUGUCUUUACCAGAUGCAUGUGCUUCCCCAUGUUUCCCGCUGUUGCAAGAGUGUGAGGGGGCGCGCCUCAUGGUUCAAGCACUUCUGCGGGAAGAGCUGCAAGCUCAGCAGCUAGUGGGCAAGGGCCCUCAGCAGGAGCCAGGCGAUAAAGAUGCGGAGGAGCAGCACCUAGACUCUACAUAUGAACAGCUGACGGAUCUCAUAGAAUCAUCGCAGCAAGCUUCCGCAGCAGCAGCAGCUACAACUCCACUAUCAACAUGA